AUGAUCUGCUGGCCGCUGUACGCGGAGCAGAGGAUGAACAAGGUGCACAUGGUCGAGGAGAUGAAGGUUGGAGUGGCAGUUCAAGGCUACGAGAAGGAGCUGGUGGAGGCAGACGAACUGGAGGCGAAGGUGAGGCUGGUGAUGGAGUCCGAUGAAGGGAAGAAGCUUAGGGAGAGGCUCGCGAUGGCAAAGAAGAUGGCCGCAGACGCUCUCAAGGAAGGUGGGUCGUCACACAUGGCGUUCGACGAGUUCUUAAAAGGCCUGAAGAAGAGCAGCGCGGAGCUGAAGGCAUAA